GCCCCCUAACAGCUGUCGGCAGCCAUGCGCGAAGAUGACGGACGCGGUGGUGCUGGAGGGGCAGCUGAAGUGGCGGGAGGGGAAGAAGUGGAAGAGCCGGUGGCUGGUCCUGCGCAAGCCCUCUCCAGUGGCCGACUGUUUGCUCCUCCUGGUAUAUAAGGAAAGGUCCGAACGUCUGCGAGGGCAGAAGGAGCGGAGCAGCGUGACCUUGGAGGACAUCUGUGGCUUGGACCCCGGGCUCUGCUACGAGGGGCUGACCCACACCCUGGCUAUCAUCUGCCUCACCCAGGUGGUGAUGCUGGGCUUUGAGAGCAAGGAAACCAUGCACGUCUGGGAUGCGCACAUCCGAUACAGUUUAGGGGAAGUUCAUCGGUUUCACGUCGUGGUCGCGCCUGGAACCAAGCUGGAAAGUGGCCCGGCUACUCUUCACUUCUGCAACGACAUACUGGUAUUGGUAAAGGAUGUCCCGCCGGCCAUCAUGGGACAGUGGAAGCUCUCGGACCUCCGGCGCUAUGGGGCCGUUCCUAACGGAUUUGUUUUUGAAGGCGGGACACGAUGCGGCUUCUGGGCCGGAGUUUUUUUUCUCUCUUCCACAGAAGGGGAAAAAAUCAGCUUUCUCUUCGAUUGUAUCGUUCACGGCAUCUCUCCAACCAAAGGCUUUCGGCGGGCGCUAGCAGACCCCAGUGCGAGUCCCGCCUGCACGGAAGAAAGGGUGGCCUACGAGGCUUCGAAGUUGGAGAAGCGCCUCAGCCUGCUUUCCCACAGCGGCUGCCACGGCAGCGGAGGGGAUGACCGGAGCUUGUCCAGUGCGUCCUCGGACACCAGCCACUCCGAUGCCAGCAUCGGGAGCAGAUUGACUCUCUGGCCCGAGCAGUCAUCCGCCGGCACUUCCCAGGAGUCUCGUGGACCAGUGGCGGUGGCGGCAGCAGCAGCAACAGCAGAGAAGCUGCAGUCAGACGGAGCCCAGGGGGCCAGCAAGCUGCCCCCCAGCCUCCUGCGCUCCAGGCAGCUCCAAGAAAUUGGCCGCCAGAGUUCCUCCGACAGUGGGAUAGCGACCGGAAGCCACUCCUCUUAUUCGGGAAGCUUCUCUUCCUACGCGGGGAGCCUGGACAUUUGCCACGGGGAUGAGUUUGGGUCCCUGCUGAGCCUCUCGCUCAACUUCCCUUCUGACCGGAAUGUUUGCAGUUGCCUGCCAGGGGAGCCAGGGAGAAGCCCCGGGUUGGAGUACCAGGCCCCUAGCUGGCUCCGGCACACCUACGAUACGCCCCGAAGUUUGUUUGCGGCGUCUACGACAGGCAGCCUCCCCUCUGGUCCAGACGCAGGCCUGUCCAAGAUCCAGAGCUCCAAAGGGGACGUGAAACGCCCAGCCCCCCAUGCCGCUUCCAGGCCAAGCAUGGAAAAGGACUCGCAGGCCGCCUUCCCACCGGGUAGCACCAAAGGCUCCUUCCCGGAGACGCAGCUCAGGCAGCCGGUUCAGGGCCAGGAUUGGAGAGGGCCCGAGGUUGCUCCGUGCGUCCCCAGCAGUUCUUGUGAGCUGUGCAGCUCCCCUUCCGAGGCGAAGCCGGCUCUCUUCCCGUCUUGCCCAGUCUGUGGUGGGAUACAGGAGACUUCAAUUUUACCAUCUCAAAUGUUCGCACCCAAUCUAGAACCGUCCCUUUCGGAGCAAUUGCACGGCGAAACGGCAACUUACGUGAAUAUCCCCACCAGCCCCACAGCGAAGAAGCAGCUCCAUUACAUGGAGGUGGAGCUUCAGGAACCCAGCGGGAGCGUUCGAGGUGGCGACGCCACGAAAUACGCCCAGAUCGACAUCACCGCCACGGAGACGGCCCACAAGGUGGGCACCCAACACGCCCACUUCCGCGAAGAGCGUCUGCAGGAACUGGAGCAGCAGCAGCAGCAGAAGAAAGACGGCGGCCCGCCCGGUUCUUCCUAAGGGGGGACAGAAAUUCGCCACCUGCCCACCGGCGCUCGGGUCUGGACCCGAUUCAUUCCAAUGGACUCGCUUCCCAGCAGGAAAACCAGCUGCGCGGCUGGACGGGUUUGCCCCAAAGGGUCUUUUUUCCAAGAGGCAACUGGACUUUCGUUGAAGACGUCUCGCUCCUCAGCCAAGAAGCUUCUUCAGCUCUGACUGGAUGAUGGUGGGGAAAUGGAAGGAUUUACACUCCUUAUAGACAGCUGGUCAUUUGCAUCGUUUUCAGCGGGUCGUGGAGGCCACUUGGAGAUUUGUUUAUCUGUGUCCAAAACAUCAUCUGAAUAGUACAAAUGGGUGCGGAGCGUGCUUGGAACUGCUGAAAGGAAUUGCGUUCUAGACUGGAGAUAGAGGAUGUCGUAUCCCUCCCCGUCUAAUGAGGGAGGGGCGUUCAGUUUUGACACAGGUGGCCUCUUUGACACCCGCCCCCCCUCUUCCAAACCAGCAGUAACCCACCGUGGGGGGGGAAAAAUGUGGAUCUUGGCACACGAGGCAUUAGAUACCAAAAAAAACGAGGCAUUUCAAGUCUGAGAAAAAUAACUAGAGCGAAAUAUGCAAGAAACGCAGGUCUGUACAGUGUACGUAUUGAUCCGAUUGCUUUUGUUAACAGCCAAAGUGGCUUUGGAUUGUUAUUUUUAUUGUUGUUAUUAUUAUUAUUAUUAUUAAUUAUUCAAAAAGCCGAAGGACAUCUGCGUGAUUAGGAUCGGGCCAUCGGACGAGAAGCGAACAGCAUGAACCAAACCGACUUUUAAUUUUGCCUCCACGUGUCACCAGGUGCCUCUUGUCGUGUCCCACUCCUCCGCUGACGGCCGGGUCAGGGAAAUCCGAAUCAGGCGUGCUUCUGCAGCUCUGCCAAAGUCCUAGCAAAGUUCUCAAGGCAGGCAGGAGACCAGAAAGUGACUUCAGCAAGAUAUGUUCAACUUUGCCUGACUCAGAGAAUGCCAGAAAGCAGGUCCUUUAUAUAGGCCAUGGGGUGUGGCUCCAUGACUCAGCACUUAUCCAGGCCCCUCCCUUCCUUCUGACGCCGCCGCCUAUCAAUUCUUCUGAAGCGAGGGUCACUCCAGUCGGCAGCUGUUGGUAACUGACCUCCCUCAGGCUCACAUGCUGUGGGGGAGGGGGAGGGGUCUAGUUGCUCCAUUUGCCUGGGCAUGGAGCCAGAGCUGGGGCCGGGAGGUGCUUCCUCCUCCUCAGCCUGUCUGGGCAUGGAGCCAGGGCUGGGGCCGGGAGGCAUAUUAGGACAUUCCUCAGCGUUCGGAAGCAGAUAAGAAGGCCCCGGCUGCGGUGAGAGCGGGCAAGACACAACACCUCUAGCUGGGAUGCAGGGGUCUCCUUCCUCUUGUAGAAAGCAGGGGGGUCUCCAAACUCGGUAACUUUUAAGACCUGUGGAUUUCCAACUCCAUGCUGGCGGAGGAAUUCCGGGAGUCGAAGUUCCACACGUCUUAAAAUGGCCACGUUUGAACACCCCUGUGGUAGAGUAACUGGUGUUUCCAGGAGACUUUGGGGGAAGGGGAGGGCUUCGGUGGAGUCCGCCAUUCCCGGGAAACGCAUCUCCCGCGCAGAUCAGGAAGGUGGAGGGAACUUUUUCCUCCCUUUUUGCUUGGAUCAAAGGCUGCUUGUGUGCAGGAAGAGACCCCUCCCCUUCCCGCUUGCACCCCCAGCUGAAGCAACUGGUUUUUAUUAUUUAUUAUUUAUCUGUAUGUAGCUGUUCUUGCAGGCCUCCCCGGUGUCCAUAAUGACGGUUGCAAUUAUUACUAUUUUAGAGGUACGUGCGUUGAUCUGCAAGACCAGCACAGCUACCGUGUUUCCCCGAAAAUAAGCCCUCCCUGAAAAUAAGCCCUCCCUGAAAAUAUUUAAGCGCAUGCACAGCCGGUCCCCACCAUUUCCUCUGGUUAGGGCAGGGGUCUGCAACCAUAAACACUCAAAGAGCCGUUUGGACCCGUUUCCCACAGAAAAGAAAACACCAGGAGCCACAAAAACCCUUCCCGUGCCUGACUUAUUUCUUGAGCGGCCACAAAACUAGCAUAUAUCUAGUUGAAUUAAACGUUCUGUUUUCUUCUGAAACUUUUCUUUUCUUAGAUUUAUUCAUGGUUGGCAUGCCGGGGUUGAAAAACUCAAAUCAAUCGCGUGCCGGCUGGUGUCGCACUCUGGCGGUUGUGACGCAUAUUUUGAAUGACGGGGAGCUGCACCAGAGGGGUGAAAGAGCCACAUGCGGCUCCAGAGCCACAGGUUGCUGACCUUUGGGUUAGGGAGACAGAGCUGGAAAUCAGGUAAGACGGCAAGAGUAGCCCCGUCUUGCUCCACGCGUCCCAAAAUAAUAAGACCUCCCCGAAAAUAAGGCCAAGCGCUUAUUUCAGGGUUCCAAAAAAUAUAAGACAGGGUCUUAUUUUUGGGGAAACACGGUAGUAUCAGGGAGGUAUCGUCGUAAAUCCUCAGAAAGACACUCAGGGGGUCUUCCAUUGACCUGUCCCUCCUGCUCUGUUUCCCUAUAAUGUCGUCUCACCUGUUCCCAUCCAUCUGGGUAGCCUUUUCAGGCUCUCGCAGGUGGCCAUCCCCACCCCGCACAUCUAGGGGUGACUGCAAGGUUACAAGCAAGUGAGCGUAACGGUGGCACUCAAAUUCCACCUCUUCUUCUACGCAUGUAAAAAUAUCAGCUGGAGGUUUUGGUCGCAUCGCAAUAGCACGUAGACUUAUAUACCGCUUUGCUGGCCGCUCUAAGCGGUUUACAGAGUCAGCCUCUUGGGCCCCCCCCACCCAACAACGAUCUGGGUUUUCAUUUUACCGACCUCGGAAGGAGGGAAGGCUGAGUCAACCUUGAACCGGUCAGAAUUGUACUGCGGGCGGUGGGCAGCGUUAGCCUGCAAUACUGCACUCUAACCACAGGGAGGGAGGGAGGAUGGGGGGAGGGAGGGAAGGAAGGAAGAAAGGAAGGAAGGAAGGAAGGAAGGAAGGAAGGAAGGAAGGAAGGAAGGAAGGGCAAUAGCACUUAGACGUAUAUAUCACUUUACAGAGCUUUCCAGCCCUCUCUAAGCGGUUUACAGAGUCAGCCUCUUGCCCCAACAAUCUGGGUCCUCAUUUUACGGACCUCGGAAGGAUGGAAGGCUGAGUCAACCUUGAGCAGGUCAGGAUCGAACUGCUGGCAGUUGGCAGAGUAAACCUGCAGUGCUGCAUUCUAACCACUGCACCACCACAGUGAAGAAAUUCGAGGCAGGAUAUGGUCACAUGGCCGAAGUGCGAGAAGAUCUGUUGUUCCCGUCUUGCAGCAGAUAAUUGUGGGGUGCCCCGAGGUUGCAGCUGGUUUUGGGGCACCAGCCCACCACUUUAGAAGGAGGAGAGACAAUUAGGGAGCAGAUACCAUCUCUUGUUGUCUGACCAGGGAGUCGCACGCUGCGGAAACCUGCUAUAAUACGGAAUUUGCAACCAAAACGGUGCAGAUCCAUAGCUUUUAGUUCAUUGAGCUGCUUGGGUUUUGAAAAAUAGCAUGCGUGAUCGUCUGGUUUUUUUUUUUUCCAACCUGUUCCAUUUCACAUCUUUUUUUUUUGGUGCACAAUCUCAUUUCCUUCGCAGCAAAGGCCUGGUUUCCUUUGGGUCCAGCAGAGCCUCGUCAACGGCGGUAGGUCUGGCCCAUGUUCUGCCCCUAUAGAAACGGGGACUCUCAGCGCCCCACUUACUCGUUUUUACUUCACCAUGUACGUAGUUCUGACUCUAGUCCGGCGUUUGAGACCCGGUCUCCCGUUUUUACCCAAAUAGUGCGCAGAACCACCUUUACAGAAUUUAGGUGCCUCUUGAAAUAUGGGCUUGAAUUGCCUCUCCGAAGUGUCCUUCAAAUGCUGAAAUAAAAAGGUAAAAUUGU